GACACAGAGAGAGAGAGAGAGAGAGAGAGAGAGAGAGAUUGGUUGCUUGAAGAAGAAGACCACGACAGGAGGGAGGAAAGUUUCGUUUUUUUUUUUUUCGUUCCAAUCCAUUUCUUUAUCGCGUGAUUGCGAGAGAGAUUCGUCCUUAUCAUUUGCUCGUCGCAUUCAUACCAUUUCUUCCAAAUCUACACGCUUUGAGAUUCAUUCGUGUGAGAUUUGGCUCUGUGAGUGAAGAGGAGCAUGAGAGAGAGAGGAAAGUAGAGUCCUUUGGUCAAGUUUGAUUUUGGGAUUUAGUCAGGUUCCGAGUAAAAGGAGGGAUAUGAGGAUGGAGAACGGCCAUGAGGACACAUUUUCCCAAGUGGGUAUUGAAGAUUCUUCGGAGAAUGAGUUCAAAAACGAUAACUUGUUGCAGGUCAUCAAAGCUGUUGAAGCAGCUGAAACCACCAUCAAGCAGCAGGUGGAGGAGAAUAGCCGCUUAAAGGCUGAACUUGAGAGAAGUAUUCUGGAACUCGCUAAAUAUAAAUCAGAUGAAUCCUUGCCCCAAACAUCUAAUCUCGGAGAUCAUUCAGUUGACUGUAAGCAAAGUGUGAUCAAAGCUUCAGAUGGUGAUUCAUCAGGCAUGAUGGUUGUUCACUCCCACGCGAAUGCUAACGGCCAAGAAGCUACUAUGAGCAAUCGUUUUGAAAGGCGCUCUGUGGAGAAUAUGGUUAAUGGCAUUGAUAGAGGAGCUACAGGUGGUGCUGGUCCUUCUCAGUUUUAUUCACCGGCUACAGUAUUAUCAUCUCCUAUGAGAACGCAGUUGGAAGGAGAAAAUGACACACAUAUCAAUUCAUCUACUCAUCGAUUAAUGACAGUUGGUGAAGUAAAUGAUUCUGGCAGUGCUGGGAAGCAGGACCUCAUUCACAAGAUUCAGGAAAACGAACAAGAAAUUUUGCAGUUGCGGAGAUAUCUUACUGACUGUUCUGUUAAGGAAGCUCAAAUCCGCAAUGAAAAAUAUGUUCUGGAAAAGCGAAUUGCCUACAUGCGUCUGGCAUUUGAUCAACAGCAAGAAGAUCUUGUUGACGCUGCAUCAAAAGCUCUCUCUUACAGACAAGAGAUAAUUGAGGAAAAUAUACGCCUAACAUAUGCCUUACAGGCUACACAGCAAGAGCGAUCUACAUUUGUAUCAUACUUGUUGCCUCUUCUAUCGGAGUAUUCUCUACAACCACAGGUUUCUGAUGCACAGUCUAUUGUUAGCAAUGUGAAGGUUUUAUUUAAGCAUCUACAAGAGAAGCUCCUUCUUACUGAGACAAAGUUAAAAGAGUCAGAAUAUCAAUUAGCACCUUGGCAGGCCCCAUCUCGCGCAGCUGGUGUAGCGUUAACCCACUCAGCGAAGGAUUCCCUAUAUUCCAAUGAUCAAGCAGCCACAGACGGGGGUUCAAAGCGCUGGAAUCAAGAUGAGCCAAGUAGCUCAACUUUGGGGAGUUACCAUCUUGAUGAUCCUAAUAGGUUUUCAUCUCCGGUGAACGGUCAGUCGGCUGCCUUUGAGACGCCUCGGCAAACGGUUACUAGUGGAGAUGAAUCUAGUGGUUGGAAGCAAGUAGACGAAGCUCCAACAAAGCAUGUUAAAUUUCGUGAGCCUCCCAGCAAGAUAGUUAUGGACGAAGCAGAAGGACAGUCAGAUACCAAAAAUCCACCAUAUGUCCCUGCGUUUGAUGAUCCUAGCACCUCAAAUUCUCCUAUUUUGCCCCCCGUCCGUGAAGAACCAUCGUCAUCUUCGGAGAGUGAAGAUGAUGAUGACCCGUUACCAGGUAUAGAGGAUCUUCAAAUUUCAGGAGAACCUUAUCCUGGACAUGAGCUUCAGGCUUGUGGUUACUCCGUUAAUGGAACAACAAGUUGUAACUUUGAGUGGGUGUGUCAUCUUGAAGAUGGAUCUGUGAAUUACAUUGAAGGAGCAAAGCAGCCAAAUUAUCUUGUCACAGCUGAUGAUGUUGAUUUAUAUCUUGCUAUUGAAGUUCAGCCUUUGGAUGACAGGAACCGCAAGGGGGAGCUUGUCAAGGUCUUUGCCAAUGAAAAUCGGAAGAUAACUUGCCAUCCAGAGAUGCAGAGGCAUAUAGAGAAGAAUCUUCAUAGUGGUCAUGCUUCAUACAAAGUUUCUGUUUCGACUGGUUUCCUAGAUAUAUGGGAAGACGCUACGCUGUCUAUAAAGAGAGAAGGUUACACUAUCAAGUGUAAUAACGAUAUCAUAGUUACUGAGAAGUUCUCAUCUUCUUCUACUGCUGUAACAAUUCCGUUUGGGCAGCCUGAAGAAUUUGUUAUAGUUGCUUCUGAUGGUAGUAGUGAAUGUUCCUUGCGAGCAGAUAACGGAUCAGCAGACCUUAGCUGCUCAAGAGAUACAAUAGUACUCACCCUGAGAUUAUUUAGCAUGAGGGCUCUACAGAGAAAGAAGGGAAAGAGGAGAGGAUUUUUAUUUAACAAAUGAGAUUUUUUGUAUAUAAUUAUUAUUUUGAGCUCUGGCUUUUAACAGCUUUAUAUAUUGAGCAAAAAGAUUGCACCCCUUUGUUUUGUAGCCUUGUCAAUCAAUUUGUUCAUGAGAGAAAACAAUAUUUGUCCCUUGUUUAUAUAAUGAAAAUCCAACUAAUAUUACA